GAGAGUCUGCUCAUCUCGAGAGCCAUCGUUCUGCUUCGCCCGCGCGGCCCCAAACAACGUAUGAUAAUGAUUGUGAUGUCCGCGGUACUUCUACAGGCCCCCACUUGGCGGGAAGCGAAAGUGCAAGUGGCGAACAUCAAGCGCGUUCUGCCUUAGACGUCGACCACGGAAGUAGCACUACCCGGCGCUCAAGAAGAAGACAGAGAAACAGAAAGCAAAACGCACCUAAAAAUGGUACUGAAGCUGCACUGGAGAUGAAUAAACGAGACGAAGAGCUGGCUCAGUUGCACGCUCAGGUGCGGCAAGCCCUGAGCAGGGCUGCCAAGAAGAGUAUGCUUUUCAAGGACGAAGAGUACCAUCGCCAGUUCCGCGGUUGUACUAACGAAAGUGUUAAAAAUGUUUCGCGUUUGUGGCAGGAGUUCACCAAGCUGAUAAACGACUUGCGGGUGCAAAGUGGUAAAAAUUGGAUCGGCGUGGACCCGCAGACGGAACGGCCGGCGGAAAGCGGAUCUGAGGACCGGUCAACAGUUUUGCAGCCCUACUACGAGGGACUGCUCAAUGGCGAAAUGAAAGAGCAAACUACGCUUUUGGACCAAAUAAAGACAGAGUUUACGGACGCAAGUUAUGCGACGUUUGUUGAUGAACUUUUGCACGGCACGGAAAAAGACCUGGAAUAUUUUUACCACGGUCGUGAGCAGUCGUCUUCUUUUUACAGCAAGAACUCCGCGUUGUCCGCACGAGUAGUAGAAAAUGAGGAUCUACAGCACGAGCGGGCGAGGAGAUCUUCUUCAGACCUUUCUCAUGACGGAGAUGAAAGCUCCUGCCGAGGGGCGGCCAUAAAGAUGAUCCCUCCGACCGCCGCGUCGAGUAGUACUAGUACAGCAGCUCUGGUGGGACGACGGACAAUACCUACUGCUUCAGGU